AUGAAAAUUGUCCAGGUACGCACCUCUGCGUCAAUUGCUCCCGGCCCUUGCAGAAGCCUAGCUUCUUGGACGGGUGGUGCCGCGACUGUGUGGACAAAGAGAUGGCACAUAGAGGUCUCAGCGUAUCGCCACCAGGCCAUCUGCAGCUUGACUUCUGGAUUAGGGUUUUGGGCUUUACGGGCUUUCAUCACCAACGUAACGUUUGCAGGCGAUGCUUUGAAUCAUGCAUGCCAUGAACCACCUCCCUUGCCGCCUCCAGCUUUGCCACCAGACGACGUGCUUGGACUCCAGCCCGAAAGUUUGCCAGCCAACCAGCUGCCGCCGCCAGCUGCUCCACCUGAGGAGCCUUUUCCCCAAGGUCCUGGGAGAAGACUGCGCGUCAAAACUGAUGCUGCGGACGCUUCCCAAAUCGCUCGCAAGCCGCAGCGCUCGAGCAGAGAGAGCUGGGCCAACUUCUUUGCCAGGUACCACAUGCACUAUGUGGACAGGUUGGCACAUGGACGGCCUCAAGCCAGCCAGAAGGAAUACAGAAAUCGCUGGGCUGGGCUUACGACCGCAGAGCAAGCAGCGUUCCAAAAGGAACAUGCGGCAACUACUGGUGCACCCACGGAGAUUGCACCGUGUUCACAAAGCGUGAACAUCCCCGAGAGCUACGACUUCAAGUCGCUCGUUGCAGAGUUUACUGGCCUGUCAGGCAGUCACGCAGCCAUCCUAGGCAAUGACGACGGCCGUUGGCUCCUUUACUGCAAGGUGGCUCUCAUGGUCAAGAGAGGCGACUUCAAGACUGCAACUGCGGCUGAACAGCAGUGCAAGAGCCUGCGAGUUACGCGUCAGAAGUUGAUGGCGGUUCUAGCCAUGCUUGAGCAAGGACCUCUUUCAAGAGAAUGCCCUCCAACAUUCAAAAGCGGUGCCAAGCCUCAUGCAUCUUUGACGCUGCAGGAGAAGGAGGACCUCUUGCAAAUGGUGAAGUUCCACGCUCAAUGCGCCCUGCCCUUCACUAUCCGUGACGUGGAGCGUGCUAUCAUGUGUUUUCGCAUGGCUCGCGAAGGCAUUCUUCGCUUCCACUGGGACACUGCCGAAGAGCUUGCAGACAAGGCAGAUGCGAUGUGUGCAAAAUAUGCGCCUAGCAAUCUCUGGCAGAACUUCCGUCUCUGGGUGAAAGAGAACAAACCACAAUCUGAGUGGCUCUUGGUGAAGCGGUUGAAGCAGAAACCAGUGGAACACAUAUCGGCUGUCUCCGACAAGGUCAUCAUCGAUUCUUUCAACGAGAUAGAGUCCAUGCUUCUGGAUAGCGGGAUCGCUGUCUUGGUCGACGGCGUGCCAGUCUUGCAGAAAUCACAAUGCCAUCGCUUGGCCAUCACUGAUGAAAAAGGCGUUUCCCAGAGGCAGGACGACGUGACAGCUGGGAUUGUGCACAAGGGCCAGGCCAGCCGUGCCAAAGCGGUCGCGCCAGAAAUGUCGUGGGCACAUGUAACGUUUACGUCUUUCUUGCCCAUGGUCGUCCCGGAGGACCUGCCUGAGCUGCCUGUGGGCAUUGUUGUGCCGUUCACGAAGGCACUCGACCUUGUGUGCAGGGUGACUGGGUUCCCAUGCCUAGCCAGUGUUAUCCCUUUACUCACUCGACAAGAUGUGAAUGCAGAAUACUACUGCUGA